CCUGCAGCCUCACUGCCUCCGCGUGCUUGUGGGCCCUGACUUUCUCUCUGAGCACACCACAGAGGCCCAGGAGCCAUGCAGGCUGCAGGCCAGGGCACAGGGGGCGCAGCGGGCGAUGCUGAUGGCCCAGGGGGCCCUGGCGAUCCUGGUGGCCCAGGGGGCUAUGCUGGCGGUCCAGGAGAGGCGGGUGCUGCGAGCGGCGGAGGUACUCAGGGCAUCGCGGCAGCAAGGGCCUCAGGGCCAGAAGGGGUCUCAGGGCCAAGAGGAGGCGUCCCUCGUGGGCCACGUGGCGGCCCGGCUUCACGGCUGAAUGGAUGCUGCAGAUGCGGGACCAGGAGGCCGGACAGCCGCCUGCUUGAGUUCUACCUCACCAUGCCUUUCCCGACACCCAUGGAAGCAGAGCUGGCCCACAGGAGCCUGGCCCGGGAUGCCCCACCGCUCCCCAUGCCAGGGGUGCUUCUGAAGGAGUUCACCGUGUCUGGCAACAUACUGACUAUGUCAGUUCAGGACCAGGACAGGGACGGGGCCUGGCCGACUGAUUGCUGCGGACCACCGCCAACUCCAGCUCUCCAUCAGCUCCUGUCUCCAGCAGCUUUCCCUGUUGAUGUGGAUCGUGCAGUGCUUUCUGCCUGUGUUUUUGGCUCGGCCUCCCUCAGGACAAAGGCGCUAAGCCCAGCCUGGUGCCCCUUCCUAGGUCGUGCCUCCUCCCCUAGGGGAUGGUCCUUGCACGAGCGGCCACUUCAUUGUGGGGGCCUGAUUGUUUGUCGCUGGAGGAGGCCGGCUUACAUGUUUGUUUCUGUAGGAAAUAAAACUGAGCUACAAUUCCGUGUCUGAGUCUCUUCUCGGCGAGCGAAGGCACCUUCAGACUUGCGUGCCCUUGUCCUCGGGUUGCAGGGGAGGCUCUGGGAUUCAGAGAUUGAAGUAGCACAAGGUAAUGGAAGACAAUUUGGGAAAUGGGGGAAAAUGAAAAGCCACUGGGUCCCGCCGUUCAGCUUUA